ACGGACUGGCAUCUUGAUAAUAUAAAAACCCGGCCCCUUUGAGCCAGAACUAAUAACAUACCAUUUGUCUCUUUUAAUUAUUAUAUUUCCCCUUCCUCCAGCAAGAGAAUCAAACCACAUCGCGAAAAGAGAUCGCUAUUGUUGUUGACAACACCAGAUCAGGUUUCACCAGGAACGUUGUUGAUCCAGCUGCGAAUUGAAGAAGCGUAAUCGUGUUUUAGGAACAUUCAGCAAUCAAACCGGAAAGCAUAGUAAUACCGUAAUCAAAGCAUUACGUGGGGACUCUCUUAAAGGAUUUGUAUUUCUACAUUUAGCAGAUUUUUUGGGGUGGAAGAUUAGAGAUUGCAUUUUCUUUUUAUAAAGAGUUAGACUUACAAACUUCUCUUUCAUGCAUCUAUUUCGCGGACAAUUAUGGAUCAAGAAUGAUAUAUAUGCACAUAUAUAUUAUAAAAAGAAGUAAAAAUGGCAAGUGAACUCAACAACUAUUACUCGGACACGGAGGAAGAAGAAGAUGAGGACGAGGAUGUUGAAGAUGAUAGAGAGCUAUACAAUUGCAUUAACCGAGGAUCCUUCUUCAGUAAAGUCUUAUGGGAACCUGGGGGCGUGUGGGUUCAAGAAUGGAACCGGAUGUUCCUCUUGGUGUGCGCCGCCGGACUAUUUGUUGACCCUCUAUUCUUCUACACCCUCUCCAUAAGUGAUAACUACAUGUGCCUAUUUGUGGAUGGGUGGUUUGCCACCACAGUGACGGUUCUCCGAUGCAUGACUGACAUGUUGCACUUGUGGAAUAUGUGGCUACAAUUUAGGGUUUACCCACGACCACAUGUUAUGAGUGCUAGACAUCAUUCUCAGAGAAGUACACUACAUUAUCAGAAGCUUAUGACCGCCGCAGUAAGCUUGCUUAGGGCCAAGAGGGGUUUACUAUUUAAUCUAUUUGUCAUCCUUCCAAUGCCUCAGGUAGUGUUGUGGGUAAUAGUCCCAGCAUUAUUGAAGAAAGGGUUGAUAACAGAAGUGAUGACUACAUUGUUGAUAAUGUUUCUAAUCCAAUAUCUUCCAAAGAUCUAUCACUCUGUGUGCCACCUACGUCGGAUGCAGACCUUUUCUGGCUACAUUUUUGGCACUAUCUGGUGGGGGAUCGCUCUCAACAUGAUUGCAUAUUUUGUGGCCUCCCACGCGGUAGGGGCUUGUUGGUACUUGCUUGGAAUCCAAAGGACUGCUAGAUGCCUUAAAGAAGAAUGCAAAAUGACAAAUGGUUGUGGUGCUAGGUUGUUGGUUUCUGAGGAGCCAAUAUAUUUUGGAACUGCAAGUAUGGUGAAGGACAAAGCUCGUUUGUUUUGGGGGGGAAAUGACCAAACAAGAUCAACUUGCCUUAGUGAGGAUGAUUCUUUUCAUGGAGCAUAUAAAUGGACUCUCCAACUAGUUACAAAUGAUAGUCGUUUGGAAAAGAUGCUUCUUCCUAUCUUUUGGGGACUCAUGACUCUAAGUACUUUUGGAAAUUUGGAGAUCACAACAGAUUGGCUUGAGUUAGUUUUCAUAAUUAUUGUGCUUACUAGUGGGCUACUUCUUGUCACGAUGUUGAUUGGAAAUAUCAAGGUAUUUUUGCAUGCAACGACUUCAAAAAAACAAGCAAUGCAAUUAAAGAUGAGGAAUGUGGAAUGGUGGAUGAGGAGAAGACGCUUACCGCAGGAAUUCAGGCAUAGAGUGAGAAAUUAUGAGCGACAGCGCUGGGCGGCAAUGCGUGGAGUAGAUGAAUGUGAAAUGAUCCAAAACCUUCCUGAAGGUCUAAGGAGGGACAUCAAAUAUCAUCUGUGUUUGGAUUUGGUUAGACAGGUGCCUCUAUUUCAACACAUGGAUGAUUUGGUCCUUGAGAACAUAUGCGACCGGGUGAAAUCCCUUAUAUUCACAAAGGGAGAAAUAAUAACAAGAGAGGGAAACCCAGUGCAGAGGAUGUUGUUUAUAGUGAGAGGUCAUCUCCAAAGCAGCCAAUUACUACGAGAAGGCGUAAGAAGUUGUUGCAUGUUAGGACCGGGAAACUUUAGUGGCGACGAGCUGCUAUCCUGGUGUCUUAGACGGCCAUUUGUAGAGCGCCUACCGCCAUCCUCCUUCACGCUGGAGACCCUAGAGGCGACUGAAGCAUUUGGGCUUGAUGCCCAUGAUGUGAAGUACGUGACACAACACUUCCGACACACAUUUGUGAAGGAGAAAGUGAAGAGAAGUGCAAGGUAUUACUCUCCUGGGUGGAGAACAUGGGGAGCUGUUGCCAUCCAACUCGCUUGGCGAAGAUAUAAACAUCACUUGACACUUUCCUCUCUUUCCUUCAUUAGGCCAAGGAAACCUUUGUCUAGGUGCUCCUCACUUGGAGAAGAACGCCUUAGACUAUAUACAGCUUUGUUGACUUCCCCCAAGCCUAAUCAGGAUGACUUUGAUUUCUAAAUGCUCUUCUCUUAAUUAGCUAUCUAUGUCCUUUCAUUUUCUUGACUAAAAAUAUACAUGCAUGCAUGCAUGCUUGAGUUCGUAUAUAUUAUACUAGUAACGUGUGUAAGAGUUCAUUCUCGAUUUAGAAAACACAAAAAAUAAAAAUGUUAUAAUAUUUUUAGUUUUGCUCGCUCAAACCCAUUUCCACAAGCUAGCUAGCUAGAGAAAAGGGAUCCUCUCCUUUGUACAAUAUUUUAUACAACACUCCUAUAAAUAAUGUGUUUUAGUAUGCAAGAAAUCAACCUUUAAAUG